AUGUUCACUCAAGGCCUCCUUUCCCAGGAUGUGAGGUAUGCCACCGAGUGUUCACAAUGCAAAUGCGUCAUCAAGGAGGCAUCGCUACCACCCUCUGGACACAUCAGCGCUGAGGAGCUUCAACAAGCACAUCGGCUUCGGUGGCUGGAUUCUUUGAUCAAACAAGAAGAGAAGGCCCUCAGAUUUCCCCGCUAUUCGAAGUCCACUGUGAAUGCAAGAGCCUUCAACCCCAAGAUGUUCAACCAACAUCCGUGGUCGCAUAAAUGGCUACCAGCUCCAGACGUCUGCCGCCAAGGCAAUUGCAAUGAGAGGAAUCUGCAACGUGAGAAAACUAAUUCGACAGGUUUUCCGCGCAAGAUACCCGUGGACGAUUAG